GUAACUGCACUGUGAUUUUUACAUUGUUGUGGCAAAAAGUUCGAUUUUCGAUUACCGCAUGUCGUUCUCACAAUUGAAGAUUCAACAUCUUAGAAAACACUCCUUAACCACACAAAACUCUAAGGCCACUUUUCUAGAAAAAAAAAACCAUGUCUGAAACGAAAACCCCUGUCAAGGAGGAACCUAAGGGAGCCGCCUUCACCGAGGAAGACAUUCCUGAAGAUGCCACAUGGGGAGAGGUAUUGCAAUCCUGCUGUGUCCACAGUCCCAAGGAAUGGGGACUUAUCUUCAUUGGAGUUUGUGUUGUGGUUUUCUUCCUCUACUUCUUCUUGCUUGGUCUUGAUCUUCUCGGAUCUGGGGCCAAGGUCAUGGGAGGAUGUGCCGCCGGAUCACUUUUCGGCGACGACACAAACCCCGUUGCUGGACUCAUGAUCGGUAUUCUGGCCACUGUUUUCCUUCAAUCUUCUUCCACUACGACGUCCAUUGUUGUCUCCCUCGUUGGAGCUGGUUCAGUUUCCGUCAACCAGGGUAUCUACAUGAUCAUGGGAGCCAACAUCGGUACUUCCGGUACGUAAAUAACGACGACGGCUUUGGUACACUGCUAAAAAUUUCUUCACUCUGACAUUGCUUUGACAUUUUUGUCUCUUCAUGACAGUCACCAAUACUAUUGUCGCAAUGGGACAAAUGGGAGAUGGAGAUCAACUUGAACGCGCCUUCGCUGGAGCCACCGUUCAUGACAUGUUCAACUUCUUGACCGUCGCGAUUUUCUUCCCUGUCGAACUUAUCACUGGAUACCUGAACUGGUUGACCGGUCUCUGUGUCAGAAAUUUCACCGCCCGUGAUGGAGAAAAAUGGGUCGGUCCUAUUAAGAAAUUUGUCGGACCACUAACCAAGAAGAUCAUCAUUGCGAACAAGAACGUCAUCAAGGAUGUCGCCAAGGGAGGAAAUUGCGAAGAAUACUACCCUAUUGAAUGUGAGGACAUGAGUGCUCCUACUAAGAAAACUUGCUCGCGUGUUGGAAUCAUCGCUUGUGACAAGGGAACUGGAAAAUGCCCUGCAUUCUUCGAUGCCAACGCAACUCUCGCCGACGAUCAAGUUUCCGGAAUUGCUGCCUUUGUUCUUGGAUUGAUCAUUCUUUUCGUAUGUCUGUUCGGAAUGGUCACCAUGCUCCAAAAAAUGCUCAUGGGAAUUUCUUCACGCAUCAUCUACAAGGCCACAAAUAUCAACGGAUACCUCGCAAUGAUUAUUGGUGUAGGUGUAACCAUUCUUGUCCAGUCUUCUUCCAUUACCACUUCCACAUUUACUCCUCUCGUUGGAUUGGGAGUCAUUCGGUUGGAACAGAUGUACCCCAUCACUCUCGGAGCGAAUAUUGGAACCACCAUUACCGCACUUCUUGCUGCCCUUCUUUCCACAACUGAAGCCCUGCAGGUUGCGCUUGCACACUUGUUUUUCAACAUCUCUGGUAUCAUUGUCUGGUAUCCUGUUCCAUUUAUGCGAAAUAUUCCGCUUAACGCGGCACGACACUUGGGUAAAGCUACACGAACGUGGCGUGGUGUCCCCAUUGUGUACAUCCUUGUCGCCUUUUUCUUAAUUCCUUUGGCCUUGUUGGGAAUUUCCCUCCUCUUCACCCAAGGAUCAACUGGACUGACCACCUUGGGAUCACUUGUCACUAUUUUCUUGUUGGGAGGAAUCAUCUAUUUCAUUUACUGGUUCCAAUUCACUGGAGGAAAGAAUAGCAUUGCCGAAUGCAUGGCCAAGCGCCAGACCCGCCGCACUGCCAUUGAAGACCUCCCAUCGGAUAUGGAAGCGUUGAAAGCGAAGAUUCAAUCGUUGGAGGAGCACACUGGUCUUCUCACAGAAGAACCCGGAGACGAAAAGGAAGCCCCUGAGGAAGCCCCUAAUUCCGUUAGUGCCGAAGAGCAAGUUUAAGUGCUACGGCAUCACUGCAGAUAAAACAAUUUAUGUUAUACAUUAUGAAAAAUUAAAGCUCUAGAAGAAUUUGUUUUUAUUUAUUUCACUACAAACAAGACCAACUAAUAUCGUUAUAUUUGAUUUUUCGCUGCGUUGACCAAUAUAUGAAGAAGUUCUUUCUUUCACUCCGAACAUGAGUCAACCUACCGUCAUCAAUAUGGUGCGGUAAAUGAAGUGUAUGUCUACAAUAACAAAACCCGUCGUUCUACUAAUACCAUACAGUAAGGCUUUCGAUUCCUGCAAAAGAAAUCUCGCAAUUUUUUCGCGGAAAACCUGAUUGAACUUCGUCCGGCAAUUUUGUAUUGGAUAACUUCCUUAUUGCACCAAGACGAUCUACUACAAGAGCCAACAAACAGGUUCCUCACAUUUCGAAAAUUCUGUUAUAAUCUGGUACAAAUUAAUAAUCAUAAAUACAUGGAGGAGAUAUCAAUUUGCUUCAAUGCAGAAGCCUUUGGGUCUAUCCACUUUGUAGGAGACCUUCCUCUCUUACCGUCGUCGCUAAUGCUAUUCGGUCAGCUGUUGCAACCAAUGCAAAUAUCUAUCGUGUGAUUGAUACAUCAAUUCGUGCUCUGUCUUCAAGAGCGAGACUGUGAGGAGUCUCAUAUCCGUUUAGUUGCUGUCCGUUGUAGUUGAACUUAAGAGAAUCUUGAUUCAAUCCACGUCGUUCGGCAAACACUGUGAAGACAAUACGCAAUGUACUCUUGUAUCGCAAAGAGAAGUACGUUUCUUCACCAGUGCUCUGGUCCCGAAGGAAGAUGGUAAUUGGCUCGUUCCCUCCGGGAGAAGCUGAAGUAGGCGUUUUCGCUGCAUUCACUCUACGCGGAGAGACAGGUCCCUUCGAAGACGCGCGACCACGGCUGGCGCUCAUAUCAUCACCUCGACCAGCGACUGGAAGACGUCCACGAGAAGACACUUCGAGAGAAUCAAACUUUUUAUUCAAAGAUGGUUGAGCCAUAGAAUCUUUGUUCCAAUCGUCACCAAAGUCCCAAACGUCUUGAUCCAGAUCAUCACCGUAUCGCGCCUGGAAAGCAAUUUGCGUAGUCAUUAUACGUUCCCGCAUUGCUGCUCCGUCGAGAACGGCGUCAGGAUUGUGACCGAUGACACGACCAAACAGAAGAAGACAAUCUUCGGUGUAAUUCAGAUUAUCAAGUAAAUGCAACUCCCACAUUUGCUUGAUUGGAUUAGAAGGAGCCAACUUCAAUUCUUGCCAAUCAUUCAUAACCGAUUUCAGUUCCAUGAACUGACGGUAACCUUUGAGGACACGUCUUGCGAAGUCCUCGCUGAAACUGUGAACUCGCAUGCAUCUCUCAACGAGCGGAGUGGCGCCUCUAGUAGGCGCUGGCUCAGCUGGUCCCGCUCUUCUCACUUCCCACCAAGCCUCGAUUUUAGACUCCUUUCCUGUCUUCGCAGUCCUCGUUUCGGGACCCCAGAGUCCAGUGUCUACAGCUGCCAUAGUUAGGGAUCUCUUUUCAACUAAUACUAAUGUUGAAUGAUAACUUAGACCAAGUAUUGAAGUUUUGAAAUAGUAUGAUAUCGAAUGGGUUUCAGAUUUAUUUCGCUUUUACAACGCUUAG